AGGAGACUAUGUUACAAGGAACCACGUCCUUGCCAAAUUAGAUGUUUACCUUCAGAAAUUGUCCUGGAACAUGAUGAACGUUUUGUAAACCCGAGAAACAAGAAAGCCCAUGAGGGUGGGGAAUUUGCAAAGAACUAGAGAACAAGGAAGCAGGUGUCUUUGGAUAAGGGUCAUGAUUAAUAACCAAACUCACCUGUGAUAAAAAGGGGAGGAGACUAAAAAAGCACGGCGGCAGUCUCUCUGGGAGGCUCCUGACUCUAUCUCUGCGUCUUUCUUUUUCUUCAUCCUCACUCCCCCAUUCAGGUACUGUUCGACAAGUGACGGCUGGCUCCGUCGCGGGUGGCGCCCGAACAGGGACCUGAAUACGGGGGACCAUAGUGAAGGACACCGCGGAUCGUGAGCUUGGAUAAGUAAAUUAAGGGCGGUGAAUGCACUCGGGAGUAGCAAGAUGGGUAAUGGUAAUAGCCGAAUGCUUUUUGAACAUAUGCUUAAAAAUACGCUUCUCGCUCGUGGAGCAAAGGUAGGGCGUCAACAAUUAUGUAAUUUUUUAGAAUUUGUAGAGAAAGUUUGUCCUUGGUCCUCUGAAGAAGGCACAGUAGAUUUAGAAGUAUGGAAUAAGGUGGGAAGGCAACUUCAGGACUAUUACGAUGGUCAUGGACCCACUAAAGUCCCUAUAGAUGCUUUUAGUUUAUGGGCUUUAAUUAGAGAUAGUUUGGAUCCUCGGCAUGAGGGAGAGAGGGUUGAAGGACCCUCAAGUCCUUCCUCAGAGGAGCCCGACAAGGCUGAUGUUCCCGAGGUUGUCCCUCCGCCUCCUAUAGAAAGUGGAACUAAGCCAUCUGCUCCGCCAGUGUAUGCUGAUGUGGAGUCUGCACUAAGGAAGGGUUUUUUUCCGGAUGAGGGAGCCCUAAACCCGGGAGAUGCUGAUGAUUUGGAAGAAGAGGCUGCUAGGUAUAACAGUGAGGAUUGCCCCCCCCCCACAUCAUAGCCGUGGCCAGGAAA